AUGUCGGGGGACGGCAGCGGGCGGAGGCCCGAGGCCCGGGGCCGCAGCCGCGACCCGCCCCGCGACCGGCCGCGCUCGUCGCGCUCCCGCUCGCCGCUGUCGCGCGGGGCCAACGCGGCCGAGCGCAGGGAGGCGGACGACGCGGAGCCGUCCGACUCGGGCGACGAGCUCAUGGACCCCGCCAGCCUGGAGGCCGAGGAGGACCACGGCCUGUGCCGCCAGAUCCGCCACCAGUACCGCGCGCUCAUCAACUCGGUCCAGCAGAACCGAGAGGAUAUACUCAACGCCAGCGACAAACUCACCGAAGUGCUGGAAGAGGCCAACACUCUGUUUAAUGGGGUGUCCCGGGCCAGAGAGGCUGUGCUGGAUGCCCAGUUUCUUGUCUUGGCCUCUGAUCUGGGCAAAGAGAAGGCCAAGCAGCUGCGCUCUGACCUCAGCUCGUUCGAUAUGCUCAGAUACGUGGAGACGCUGCUGACACACAUGGGCGUGAAUCCACUUGAAGCCGAGGAACUUGUCCGUGAUGAAGACGGUUCUGAGGUUGAAUUCAUCGUCUAUGACUCCUGGAAAAUAUCAGGCAAAACCGCAGAAAACACCUUUAAUAAAACCCAUACAUUCCACUUUCUGUUGGGCUCGAUCCAGGGGGAGGCACCAGUGCCCAAGCCCCGGGCUGACCGGCAGCGGAAAGUCCACACUUCAGAGGAACAGCGCGCUAUGCCUGCUCAGUUAAAAAGGAUGGAAGAAUCUCACCAAGAAGCAACGGAAAAGGAAGUAGAGAGAAUCUUGGGGUUAUUGCAGACAUAUUUUCAUGAAGACCCUGACACACCCAUGUCUUUCUUUGACUUCGUGAUUGAUCCUCAUUCUUUUCCCCGGACGGUAGAAAACAUUUUUCACGUGUCCUUCAUUAUCAGGGAUGGUUUUGCAAGAAUAAGACUUGACCAAGACCGGCUACCAAUUAUAGAGCCUGUAAAUGAUGAAAAUGAAAGAAGUGAACAAAACACCCAAAUUCGAAAUCAAGGAAUUAUUGCUCUGAGCUACAGAGACUGGGAGGAGAUCGUGAAGACCUUUGAGAUCUCAGAGCCUGUGAUUGCUUCAAGCCAGAGCCACCAAAGGCUCAGUGUGUGACACUGUGCCAAGGGCUCAAGUGGCUAGUGAAAUCCCUGAAGGAAAGAGGCAUGCAUUGUAUAUAUUGUAUGAUUAAAUGUUUUUAAAGAAAGAUUGUUUUUAGUAAAUGUAGCUUUUGAUAGUUAAUGAA